AUGUCUAGAAUAGCUCGUGGUAUUCGUUGCGCUAGAAAGCUUAGAACAAGGCAUAAGAAGCAGCUGUGGGCCGAUAAAGCUUACAAAAAGGUAGCUCUUGGUUCCAAGUGGAGACACGAUCCAUUCCAGGGAGCAUCUCACGCCAAAGGUAUUGUUGUUGAAAAACUCGGUAUUGGAGCAAAGCAGCCAAACUCAGCUACACGUAAAUGUGUAAGAGUCCAACUUAUUAAGUCAGGAAAGAAAAUUACCGCCUUCGUACCGAGAGAUGGUUCGCUAAACUUCAUCGACGAAAAUGAUGAAGUCCUCGUUUCCGGUUUCGGUCGUUCUGGACAUGCCGUAGGAGAUCUUCCAGGAGUACGUUUCAAGGUUGUCAAGGUUUCCGGUGUAUCUCUUUUGGCUCUUUUCAAGGGAAAAGUUGAAAAACCAAGAAAUUAA